GAGUACAUAUAAAAAGGCGAGGCGAGGCGAGGCGUCGACCGGCGGGUACGCGAACAUGUGCUUGUCAACAAAACCGCCGAGCUGUCAAUAAGAGCAGGCUGUCGAUUGAUACAUCCGCUAAGAGUUUGCAGACUCACUGUGACCGGCCUUAAUGCAACCUGCCAACAAAGGGGGCUUUAGUGCUGCUCGAAGAGUAAUGUGUCCAGUUGAAUUUAUUGGUGCCACCAGAGACCAAUCGAUUUAUAACGUGACGAGAAGAUGGGGGUUAGGUCUGAAAAUCAGUUUGCAGUGCAAGCAUUCUCCCACACUACACUAAAAAACACAAUCAAGUAUUUCAGGAAUUGCCAAGGAUGACAAUUUUAUUUCCGCCUCUUGACCUGACAGAGCAAACACAGUCUGCACCACAGUCUGCGUGUCUUGAUUUUCAGUUUGUCUGCUCGGGAAACAAUGUUGUGUAAAUACCAUGCAACCAUAGAGAUCCCAGAAAAUGUAGAUCCCUGGAGUGGUGGGCAAAUGGAGCCACCGCAGGGAAACAUUAUCAUUCUAACAGCUUCUGUUAUUUACACGGUAUUACUAAUGAUACACAAUUGUGAAAAUACGACUACAAAUGAGACAAAACACAAAUUCUAUUGGGUGUUUGGACUUAAAUCUAAUGUGGGUCAAGGAGAAGUCCAGUGGAAUGCAGAGUUGACACUAUGGAGACUGUCGAGUCACUCCCCCCCAAAUAAAUGACAACAGUCAAGCCUAUAAGAGACCCCCUCACUGUGUGACCUGGGUUUGUAACUCCUGCUGAGCGAGCAGCUUUUCACAAUCUCUCCUGGACGUCAAUCUGAAGAAACAUCCAGCUGCAGGUGUUUUUUCCUUUCUCUCCCAUCUCCAGAUCAAGCUAUGAAAUGGGUGGAGUCAAAAGAAACGUCCUUCUGUACUCACUGUGCUGCUGCUAUGUGAUCCCUCAAUAUCUUUGCACAGGACUUCAUUCUCAGACUGUGCGGAUUUCAUCUCAAUUCGGGAGACAUUUGGAGCAGCAGUCCUUGUGCCCUCAGAUAAGCGUCGGGGAGUAUCGUUUCCCAGGAUUUUAUAUCAUGUCCCAGUUCCACAUUGCUGAGCUGGCAAGGAGGGGCACUGUUAAAGAGGUGCCUGGAUCCUCUCCUCAGCACGUUGCUUAUCAAAUAGGCCCAGCAUUCAACUUCAGGAUCAACACGAGAUCUGCUUAUCCCCUGGGGUUGCCGGAGGAGUUUGCAUUCGUGGCCGUGCUGCGCAUGAGUGCCGGCACCAUAAACAAAAACUGGAAUAUCUGGCAAAUGCAGGAUACGAACGGCAACGAGCAGCUGGCCGUCCGACUCAACGGGGAGUCGAGGUCUGUGGAGUUCACCUUCACAGCGCUGGACACUGGGAGGCAGACUGUGGUCUUCGGGCCCCUGUCUGUCCUUUUCAAUGACCAGUGGCACAGGGUGCUGCUGGACGUCAGCAGGGGAGCCGUCACCCUGUCCGUGGACUGUGCCACGAUCGGUUCUCAGAGCAUUCCGCCCCGACAGAAAGUCAGUCUUGACGGGUUCACGUUGAUAGGAAAACUCAAGGACAACCCCGCGAUGGCAAUUCCGUUUGAACUCCAGUCAAUGCUGAUCCACUGCGAUUCGACACGAGCCAGGACUGAGGCUUGUUACGACCUCCCAGCCAGGACAUGGACCGACGUGACAGAGUUGCAGAGGAGCGAAGGACCUUCUGGGCCUCCUGGACCUGCAGGUGUCCCAGGAAUUGAUGGCGUUGCUGGGGAGAGGGGACCAGAUGGCGAUGGUGGUCUUCCUGGACCCGAUGGUGAUGCAGGUAAACCCGGCUCCUCGGGAUUACCUGGAAUUCCUGGAAAUGAUGGUUUGACCGGCCCGAUUGGAGAUGCAGGGCCCGAUGGUCCCCCCGGACAGAAAGGUGAACCUGGAAAACCUGGACCUCGUGGGGCAACCGGCGUUGGGCCAGAUGGACCCCCCGGAUCGUCUGGGCCUGGAGGACUUCUGGGUGAAUUGGGAAAAGUGGGACCACCUGGGGCCAUGGGUGUGAGAGGACCACAGGGACCUCGUGGACCCACUGGACCCAGAGGUGCAUCUGGAAUGCUAGGCAGUGCCGACUUGUGUCCAGACUCUUGUCCACCCGGGACCCCGGGACAUCCUGGCCUUCCUGGCAUGAAAGGUCACAAGGGUGUAAAAGGUGAAGCGGGAGAACCUGGGAAACAAGGGCACAAGGGUGAGGAGGGAGACCAGGGAAGUCUGGGAGAGGUCGGAUCCCAAGGACCAACGGGCCCUCAGGGAAAUCGUGGAGCUAUGGGAAUGAUGGGCCCCAAGGGAGAGAUGGGAGCUCGAGGUCAUGAUGGAGAUCCCGGUCCCCAGGGUGUCGCGGGGGCAACUGGGGAUCAAGGCCAGAGGGGUGUGAUGGGCGAGCUUGGGCCUAAAGGGGAAACGGGUGUUCUAGGGCCAAGAGGAAUCACAGGUGUGCCAGGUCCCAAAGGAGAGUCUGGCUUACCAGGUGUGGAUGCUCGCGAGGGUAUUCCUGGCAUGCCGGGAGCAAAGGGAGGCAUUGGAAAGGCAGGCGUUCCUGGAGAGGUUGGACUUCAGGGGUUUCCUGGUAUGCCUGGUUCACCUGGACCAAAAGGCUUGAGUGGCCCUAAGGGAGACGUUGGUCAAGCAGGCGUCCCUGGAACACUGGGACCUGCUGGCAAAACAGGCGAGCGUGGAGAUCAGGGAGAGUUGGGACCCGUGGGACCCAUUGGGGAGCCUGGAGAUGUAGGACAGCAAGGCCCUGUGGGUCCAGCCGGCAAGCCAGGUGCAAGGGGACCCAAAGGUGACCCCGGCCUUCCUGGUCUCCCUGGUCCUCAUGGUCUUCCUGGGUUGAAAGGAGAGCGGGGAGAACGUGGAGAGGCAGGACCCGGAGGAGAGCAGGGAGGACAAGGUGACGAGGGAAACCCUGGCGACAAAGGGGAUGUUGGUGAACCAGGAGAAUCUGGAUCGAAAGGGGAGGUCGGUAACCCCGGCGAGCCUGGCAGAAGAGGUCCAGAGGGAAGUCGAGGCCAGCCUGGCAUCGAGGGGCCGCCUGGCACACCUGGCCCCCGUGGCAUGCAGGGAAACAGGGGUCCAACUGGAGUCAGAGGGUCCCAGGGGCCUGCGGGUAAAGAGCCAAGUGAUCAGCACAUCAGACAAGUUUGCAUGCGAGUCAUGCAAGAACAGCUGGCCCAGUUAGCCGCUAGUUUAAGGAGGCCAGAGUCCGGUGUAGCCGGCUUACCUGGAAAACCUGGACCUCCGGGGCCUCCUGGGAUUCCAGGAGACAAUGGCUUCCCAGGUCAGGGUGGAACAAGAGGCCUUCCGGGACUCAAAGGGCCACCGGGGGCCAUUGGUGUGAAAGGACCUAAAGGGGAAAUGGGAGACAGAGGCUCCAGAGGGCCGACUGCACGGGGGCCGAAAGGUCAACCAGGACCUCCUGGACUUCCAGGUGAACCAGGCAGACCUGGCUACGGUCAGGAUGGUCGGGACGGGCAGAGGGGACCUCCUGGCGUUCCCGGGCAGCCCGGCGUGCCUGGGCCUCCCGGUUCGGCCGGUCCCAAUGGUUACUGCGACCCGUCAGCCUGCAACCUCCAGGCCGGCGCCGCCCACCAGUCUCUGGAUGUGAAGGGACCUGCAGGGAACUAAGAGCCACUCUGGAAGAGACAGAAAGACUGUUGGAUUAUCUCCCCUGAGCACACAUCAUUUUUCACACUUUCUCUCCCUCGGGCUGUGGCUGUUGUGGCGCCUUCGAUCCAUUAACCUCUAGCGUUGUGAGUGUGUUUUGUGCAGGCCACGUCUCUGUCGGAAGGAGACAGCAGUAAAGAAACACACACACACACACACACACACACACACACAAAACAUUUUUUUUCUUUAAUGUGCUGAAAAAAAUCUAGCUUGUGCUGGUGUAUUUUUCUACCUGAGACAUAUUCAGGGCAGUGAGUUCACAUUACUGAGACGACAUGAAAUGACCAGAAGUGAUUGUUUAUCCCACUCUCCUUGUACCUCUGCCUGCUCUCUCUUCUCCUGUUCUCCAUUUACACUCUUUUCUUAUAUAAACGCUCCUCCACAUUCACAGAACACUUCAAUUAAUGACCCAAAUCAAAUCAGGAUCAGGGAUUUGUUUCGGUAAAGUGCCUUUUUUCCCCUCAAUUAUUUUGUUCUGUAUGUGCCAAUGUACCAAAGAUGCAGGUACCCUCUUCUGUAGGAUAGAUUUUCUUUUGUAUGUCUGACCAUCGUCUUUGUUUAAAAGAAAAAGGAGAGAGGAUGAAAAUAUCAUCAAGUCACACUGACUUCAGUUUAUGUUGUAAAUCUGUAUAAAAAAAAAUGUUUUAAUUGUGGUUAAUUAUAUUUCCUAUAAAACAACCUGAUGUGAGACCUUGCCUCAAUGUACAGAAGGAACAGCGUGCAGCUGUGCAUUCAUGGAAAUAUUUUUUAUGGAUGAGGGAAACCCUCAUUGAUGUGAGAAAUAAAGAUAAUGACACAUGGGAGUGUUUAAUUUA